CGCUGAGACGGCCUGGGAGGUCACUCUCAGAUAAGGGGCUCUUCCUACACUGGAGCCCUGGGGGAGGAAAUGGAUCCUCAGCGCCUGAGACAAUGGCCAGGGCCGGGACCAGCCAGCCGAGGAGGCUACGGCCAGAGGCCCAGGAUCAGGAACCCAGAGGAGUGGUUCCAUGAGUUAUCUCCCCGAACCUUCUCCUUCCACUUUCGCAACCUGCGCUUUGCCUCUGGGCGGAACCGCUCCUACAUCUGCUGCCAGGUGGAAGGAAAGAACUGUUUCUUCCAAGGCAUCUUUCAAAACCAGGUCCCUCCCGACCCGCCCUGCCACGCCGAGCUCUGCUUCCUCUCUUGGUUCCAGUCCUGGGGGCUGUCCCCGGACGAGCAUUACUACGUCACCUGGUUCAUCUCCUGGAGCCCCUGCUGUGAGUGUGCAGCGAAGGUGGCUCAGUUCCUGGAGGAGAACAGGAACGUGAGCCUGAGCCUCUCGGCCGCUCGCCUCUACUACUUCUGGAAGUCAGAGUCCCGGGAGGGGCUGCGCAGACUGAGUGACCUGGGGGCCCAGGUGGGCAUCAUGUCCUUCCAAGACUUCCAACACUGCUGGAACAACUUCGUGCACAACCUGGGGAUGCCCUUCCAGCCGUGGAAAAAACUGCAUAAAAAUUAUCAACGCUUGGUCACAGAGCUGAAGCAGAUUCUCAGAAACACAAUGAAUCUACUAAAAGAAAAUAUAUUCAAACAACAGUUUGGCAACCAGCCCCGGGUCUCGGCGCCCUACUAUCUGAGGAAGACCUACUUGUGCUACCAAGUGAAGGGGCCCGAUGACUCCAUUCUUGACAAAGGCUGCUUCCAAAACAAGAAAAAGCGACAUGCAGAAAUUCGUUUUAUUGACAAGAUCAAUUCCUUGAAUCUGGACCAGAACCAGUGCUACAGAAUCAUCUGCUAUGUCACCUGGAGCCCUUGUCACAACUGUGCCAAGGAGCUGGUUGAUUUCAUCAGCAAUCGGCACCACCUGAGCCUGCAGCUCUUUGCCUCCCGCCUGUACUUCCACUGGGUCAGGUGUUAUCAGAGGGGUCUGCAGCGUCUGCAGGCAAAUCGGGUUUCCGUGGCUGUCAUGAAAGGCCCAGAGUUCAAAGACUGCUGGGAAAAGUUUGUGGACCACCAGGGGGAGAGCUUCCCAUCCUGGGAGAAGCUGGAGCAAUACAGCGAGAGCAUAAGCCGACGGCUCUCAAGGAUCCUGCGUUUCGCGAAUCAGAAUAAUUUAGAGGAUUCCUUCAGAGAUUUGCGACUCGGUUCCCCAUCACCUUCAUCAUCAAGAAGUGACUCGAGAUGACAGACAGUUCCUGGGGUAUCUCAGCGCUGACUCGUAGGAACCAGGAACAAGCUCCACGGGCAGCCUUGACCCUUGCCCAAGUCGAGGGACCUUUCUUUCCUCUUCCAUUUUGCUCUUUUCUAAGUGGGUAAAUAUUUUUAUAAUUGAAAAAAAAUAACUUGAACGCCUGUAAAACUUCCAUUCUUGCAUUGCUUUCUGAAAGGGGAAUCAGGUCUUUCCAACAUUAAAAAAAAAAAAA